CAUCUGACGUCUUCUGCCAUCCUGACUGUAAACGCAUUACCCUAUCGUCAAUGUCAUCGUCAAUGUUCCACUGACGUGCAUUCGAUGCAAGACCCUUUGGGUUGCCAGCCCACUGCCGCAACAAUCACAUUCCGCGGUUCCCGCAUGCCACCUCUUCCUAUACAUCGAUCUGCUUCUGCACGCCAAGCGCGAGUGUGUAGCCUGUAAUGCUCAGCGUGCGCGCUGCAGCAAGGUACCAUGGCUUCUACUCUCGCUCCGGCCUUCGUUCGCUCGGUAGAGUGAGCACGCGACACAUCCGUACAGCGACUGUAACCGACUCGGACAUCGCCCGCCUUGCGGCUACACCUCUACAUCCACUGACGCUCGCGGACCUCUGCAAGCAUGGGCGUCCACCACUUUCCGAGCAAGCACUUCUCGGCAGCGCCAACUUUACCCUUGACAUACUGCCCGCACGGCUGGCGCAUCGGAUCCAGAGUUUGAGGGCUCUACCGUAUAUUGUCGUGGCCAACCCAAACGUGAGCAAGAUACACGGCAAUUACGUCCACAGCUUAAGCACACUGCUACCCUAUGCGGAGAAGAAGAUUGAAUCGUUCAAGGACGAUGUUGAGUUCACAACUGUGCUGGCAGACUUGGUCGAGACACAUAGCAACACCAUCUCGAUACUAGCUCGAGGUUUCCUUGAGGCACGCAAAUACAUCACGGCUCGUGAAGUUACACGCUUCCUUGACGAGCAUUUACGCGCACGCAUUGGGACAAGGUUGAUCGCCGAGCAGCAUAUAGCUCUGCACUUUACAUCGCAACCGCACAACCAGCUUUCAGCUGACGAUCAAGAUCUGAAGGAUGAGCGUGCCGAGUCGAACACAUAUAUUGGCGUCAUUGACACCGCGCUGAAGCCGGCAGAGAUCAUCCGCAGCUGCGAAGCCACUGUGGGCGAAAUCUGCGAGCUCAAGUAUGGCGUCAGGCCAACGAUCAACAUCGUAGGCAACCCGGAGACGACCAUCGCACAUAUUCCGAUGCAUCUCGAAUACAUUCUUACUGAGCUGCUGAAGAACAGUUUCCGCGCCACUAUUGAGGCUGGCAUGGAGAAGGAACCCAUCGAAGUCACCAUCGCCCCUGCUCCGGCCAACGAGCAUCAAACUAUGGAGCUCAAGAACAAGCCGGAGCGAAUGGAACGGAAUACCCACGGGAUCAUUUCGAACUACGACCAAGGUAACGUAGACUAUGCGUCCGGCAGCAAUAAGCCUGAGAUCUCCGCAUCGGCCAAUAUACGUCCACUCAGCCAGUCUACUCCGGGCGUCACGAUUCGCAUCCGUGACAGAGGUGGCGGUAUAAGUCCGGAGAACUAUGAUAAGCUUUGGGAGUACGGCUUCACGACUUUCAAUGAGGACGAAAUCAACGAUAAAGUAUCCGGUGGCAAUGGUGGAGGCGGGGCACUCGAUGUCAUUUCGGGCGGUGCCGGAGGCGGCAGCAGUCUUGCUGGUCUGGGAUACGGCCUGCCGCUUGGAAGAGCGUAUGCUGAGUAUUUCGGGGGCGGAAUUGCUGUGCAGAGUAUGUGGGGUUGGGGGACGGAUGUCUAUGUGAGCUUGAGGGGCGUUGGUAAGAUUGACUGAGGGAGCUACGAGUGGUCGGACACUCGUGCAGUGCCAAAGGACAGCCUGCGGUGAGAACAGGCGGCUGCUAUGCAUUGUUGGACAUCACCGAGUGCAGGCGGGUGAUUUACCGUAAG